CGUGAAGGUGGUUUAUCGCUGGUCGUUGUGUCCCUUGUGGCCGCAAUAGUCUUUCUCGUCGUCGUCUUCGUAGUAGGGGUGUUGGUGUUGUCCACACUUGUUUUGUUUCUUGCCGUUGUGCUUGUGUCCAGGCGUCAAUAGUCAACCCCGACAUGGGUGUGGCGAAAGGUGCCGCCUUUCGUUACUGUUUGUCCGUUGUUGCAGGUAGCAAGUGUGCGAUGGAUCGCAGGGGUUGAAUGGAUGAUGUCGUCGGUGGAUUCGACAACGGUGAUAACAUGCACGAUGGACAUCUGAAUGCACGACCCCAUCAAGGUCAUCAUGCAUAAAGCAUGCAAUCAUUCGCCGCCAUGCGUUCGUCCUCAUUGGCCAUGCAACAUCCGUACCACCCUGCACGCAGUGCUUCUCCGCCGACGCCCUUCGGUGGAGGGUGUGUUGGGCAAUCCCCGGAGAGCAUGCACGCGGGUGUUCCACGUGGUGGUCCACAUUCGCGGGACAUGCGGGCGGACGACGUUUUCGUCUUUCGUGAUCAUCUUGUGUCCGUCCAGCAACAAUAUGAUUUGUAUGGAUCACGGGCAUGCGUAGAAAGCACGAACGUGGCUGCCGACUUUGGCAUGCCGUCAGCGCCCACACAGAGCAUGGUCGUGGGUGGCAGGCAUUGGUCUCCCCAAUGCUCCCAGGGCGCUGGGAGGUUGUUCGGCGCGCGGUGUUCUCCAUCUCCACCGGAGGGCGUUGACACAGAUGCCCCUUGGAACCAGCCGAACGCAAGGUCUGUGUUCCCCGAGACUCGCGCGGAGGCAGUGUACGAUAAAGGCAUGAGCGGCUCGGAAGUGGGCGAUGAAGAUGGUCAAGCAGAGCAAGGAACCGUCAUUCCCAUGGUCGCAAGUUCGACGGGUAGGCAAGGUGAUGUUAACGGUCAGGGCUUGGGUGGUGGAGCGGUCGGCGGACGACCUGCGAGUGGUCGCCCGCCAGCUCAGAAGAAGCCAAACGUCCCAUGGACGUUGGAUGAGCGCGUGAAGCUUGCGAUUUUUAUGGGUGAGGAUGAUGCCCUCAUGGCGGAUGCUAACGGCCAGCACCGAUUCAAGCAAAGGAAAGACCGAUAUGUUUGGGUGAAUGAUAGGAUGGCGGAUGCAGGCUUCAAGCACAGGAGCGGUGAAGACUGCCGCAAGAAGUGGUCGAACAUGCUAGCGACGACCAAGCUCAUCAUCGAGAAGUGUGAAGCGUCUGGACAGUCGUCGUAUUGGGAUAUGUCUACGGAGGAACGAAAGAAAAAGAAUGCUCGUAUGCGGGCACAUGCCAUCGACGACGACGACUAUGAUGAUGGGGAUUGUCAUCGUCGCGGUGAUCAUGACAACGAUAAUGAUGAUGACGAUGACGAUGACGAUGACGACGACGAUGACGAUGAUGACGACGAUGAUGAUGAUGAUGAUGAUGAUGAUGAUGAUGAUGAUGAUGAUGAUGAUGAUUAUGAUGAUGAUGAUGAUAAUGAUGAUGAUGAUGAUGACGAUGAUGAUGACGAUAGUGAUGAUGAUGAUGAUGAUGAUGAUGAUGAUGAUGAUGAUGAUGAUGGUGAUGAUGAUGAUGACGAUGUUGAUUACGAUGAUGACGUUGACGAUGACGAUGAAUCAAUCCUUCCACGGGAGGAAGUGAGGAUUGGUCAUCCGAAAGUGUUGAGGUUGAAUGAUGGGGCAACGACCCACGAUGCUUGCCAAUACGCAUUGGAGAUGUAUCGUGUUCUACAGGCAAAGGGUGAGUUGCGGCUCAACGAUUUCGUAUAUGACAACUUUGACUACGGACAACUGUGGGUGUUGGGUGACCAGCAACGCAGGGGGGGGACGCCAGUCAGCCAGGAAGAUGCAAGAAUGGAUCCUAGAUGGGGUUGGGUGCCAUCUGCAAUCCCAUUUGGAUAUGGUCGUGUUAAAAUGCAAGUGCGUGAUAUCAUGGGCAAUGUCUGGAGCGCGCAUUACGUGAACGGCAUGUUUUCAUUCCUUCAUUUCGACAGAGAAGCGACUGCAGACGAAAAGGAGGCGAUGACAUGCCGGCCACGCGAUGCACGCAUCUUCGACCCGCCACUUGGCAAUCCUGCCGAGUUGGCCCUGGCUGAAGGAACGGUGUUUGGUGUUGAGAAGAGCAUCACAUAUGUCCACGUAAGGGGGAAAGAAGCCACAUUUGAUGACAUCUGUAUGGACGCGAUGUGGUCGAUCGUGGAAGACUCGUGCACCGAGCAAGCACGACCCUCGACGGAUGACAUGUUUCUGGAGGGCAUUCGACGCAGUCACGGGUGCACAUCACUUCUUGGGUGGGUCCCUGUCGCCUGUCCCAUGACUUAUGAGCAUGGUGAACAAAUGUGCAUGAGAUUCAGAGACCCUUUGGGUGUCCCUUUCCAGCUCACGUACAUAGAUGGACUGUUGCGGCACAUUCAAUACGUGGGUGAUGACGACGCUCUUGCUGCAUCAAAUGCACAACCAACAACACAACAACAACAGGACAUUUCACAUUUGCCAACUCAGGUCGACGGCCCGGAAACAGCAAAUGAUGGGGGAUGUUCUAAUGCAGAAGCCGACGAUGGUGUCACCCCUGCGGAGCACGUGACAGGGAGGGCAGGGAGGAAGAAGAAGCAGUGCACAUCUAGGCCGCCUCGUGGACUCGGGAGUUCCACAAAAGCAAAAGCAGCCGCUGCCUCGGUUCCAAAGCGCAGGCGCCGCGCAGGGAUGGCAGCAUUGGCAGAAAUUCGGCAACUCCAACGAUCUACUCACUUGUGCAUCGCUUUAAGGCCGUUCAUGAGGGUCGUGCGUGAGGUCGUUGAGAAAGAAAUCGCACCAGGGCAAUCUAUUAGGUUUCAGAUGAACCCCAUACGUGCGUUACUGGAAGCGGCGGAAACAUAUCUCAUCAACCAUUUCGAGAGAACAAACAUCAUUGCUAUCCACUACAAGAGGGUGACGAUCCAGCUGAAGGACCUGAGGCUGGUUGACAACUUGGCCAAGGCUCGCUGGGAAUACAAAUAUGAAGGCAUUAUCGACGAGCAGAAGAGAGCAGAAAAGCUACGGCAGAUGAAUGCUGCAAGGCAGGUCGAGAGAGAAACGCAAGCGGGGAAGGGGGUGUCUCAGAAGACAGCAGCAGCACGCAAAGGCGGUGACACUCCAGCGGGGUCGUCGAAGAGGAAAGGAGCGCCGCUCAAUGCAGCAAAGAAAAGCAUGAAAUAAGAACACAGUGAAGACUGCACUGAGACCAGUUCGCACACACACAAAUAUAAUGUGUACGAGUGUGUAGGUGCGGUGUUGACUGUAU